CCAUGGCUGGUUAAAGAACCAUCCGGAUCGCAGCGCGGGGGGAGGGCUGGGUGGGGGGAGAGCGGCGGCCGCGCGUGAGGCCGAGGGAGGGGCGGCGGCGCGAACGGCGGCGGCGGCGGUUCCAGCAUGAAGAGGAGAGCUGGCCUGGGGGGCAGCAUGAGGUCAGUGGUGGGCUUCUUGUCCCAGCGGGGCUUGCAUGGGGACCCCCUGCUCACUCAGGACUUUCAGAGGAGACGCCUGCGGGGCUGCAGAAACCUCUACAAGAAGGACCUCCUCGGCCACUUCGGCUGUGUCAAUGCCAUUGAAUUCUCCAACAAUGGAGGCCAGUGGCUGGUCUCAGGAGGAGAUGACCGCCGGGUUCUGCUAUGGCACAUGGAACAAGCUAUCCACUCCAGAGUCAAGCCCAUACAGCUGAAAGGAGAGCACCAUUCCAACAUUUUUUGCCUGGCUUUCAACAGUGGGAACACCAAAGUAUUCUCUGGAGGAAAUGACGAGCAAGUUAUCCUCCAUGAUGUCGAAAGCGAGACCUUGGAUGUGUUUGCUCACGAAGAUGCAGUAUAUGGCUUGUCGGUGAGCCCAGUGAAUGACAACAUUUUUGCCAGCUCCUCAGAUGAUGGCCGGGUUCUCAUCUGGGACAUCCGGGAGUCUCCCCAUGGAGAGCCCUUCUGCCUGGCAAACUAUCCAUCAGCUUUUCACAGUGUCAUGUUUAACCCUGUGGAGCCCAGGUUAUUGGCCACAGCCAAUUCAAAGGAAGGAGUGGGACUCUGGGAUAUUCGAAAACCUCAGAGUUCUCUCCUGCGCUAUGGUGGCAAUCUGUCCCUGCAGAGUGCCAUGAGCGUGCGAUUCAACAGCAACGGCACCCAGCUCCUGGCCCUGAGGCGUCGCCUGCCCCCUGUGCUCUAUGACAUCCACUCCCGCCUGCCUGUGUUCCAGUUUGACAAUCAGGGUUACUUCAACUCUUGCACCAUGAAAAGUUGCUGCUUUGCAGGGGAUCGUGACCAGAAUUCCAGGAGCCUAAUGGAGCUGAAAUGGCAAGUGGUCCAAAGAAGCAAGAGUCAUAUAACUUCACAUGAGCGAAAAAUAGUGGUAGUCUUAUGGUAUAUCCUUUCAGGCUCUGAUGACUUUAACCUGUACAUGUGGAGAAUUCCUGCAGAUCCAGAAGCAGGUGGCAUUGGUAGGGUGGUCAACGGAGCCUUCAUGGUGCUGAAAGGGCAUCGGUCUAUUGUUAACCAGGUCCGAUUUAACCCUCACACCUACAUGAUCUGCUCUUCUGGUGUAGAAAAGAUUAUCAAGAUCUGGAGCCCAUACAAGCAGCCAGGAUGUACAGGAGACCUAGACGGUCGGAUUGAGGAUGAUUCCCGCUGCCUCUAUACCCACGAAGAGUACAUCAGCCUGGUGCUGAACAGUGGGAGUGGCCUGUCACAUGACUACGCCAACCAGUCCGUGCAGGAAGACCCCCGGAUGAUGGCCUUCUUUGACUCCCUGGUGCGCCGCGAGAUCGAGGGCUGGAGCUCUGACUCCGACAGCGACCUCAGCGAGAGCACCAUCCUCCAGCUGCACGCGGGGGUCAGCGAGCGCUCGGGCUACACCGACUCCGAGUCCUCGGCCUCGCUGCCCCGCUCCCCUCCGCCCACAGUGGACGAGAAUGCCGACAGCGCCUUCCACCUGGGGCCCCUUCGGGUCACCACCGCCAACUCAGGGGCGUCGCCGCCGCCCACGUGUGAAGAGGCCGCGUCUCGCCAGCAGCGCCUGUCUGCUCUGCGGCGCUACCAGGACAAACGCCUCCUGGCCCUUUCCAACGAGUCCGAUUCUGAAGAGAACGCCUGUGAGGUGGAGCUGGACACAGACCUCUUCCCCCGGCCGCGGUCUCCCAGCCCCGAAGACGAGUCCAGCAGCUCUAGCAGCUCCAGCAGCUCGGAGGAUGAGGAGGAGCUGAACGAGCGGCGGACGGCCACACGGCAGCGCAAUACCCUGCGGCGCCGGCAGAAGGCGGCCCGAGAAGAGAGGCCCGCCCCCCCCAGCAAGCCCGCCAGCACCUACAUCGGAGAAGACAACUACGAUUACCCCCAGAUCAAAGUGGACGACCUCUCCUCCUCUCCCCACUCCUCCCCUGAGCGGAGCACUUCCACGCUGGAGAUUCAGCCCAGCCGGGCCUCGCCAACUUCUGACAUCGAGUCGGUCGAGCGGAAGAUUUAUAAAGCUUACAAGUGGCUCCGCUACUCCUAUAUCUCCUACUCCAGUAACAAAGAUGGAGAGAGCUCGCUCGUGUCUGGGGAGGCCGAUGAAGGGCGAGCGGGCACCAGCCACAAGGACAGCCCAGCCCCUUCUUCCAGUAAGGAAGCCUGUCUCGGCACGACCGUCGGCCCGCGGAACCAGGACCUGCCCCCUGAAGGUCGCAGCAAGGAUGCUUCCAAAGAAGGGACUUCUGCUAGAAAUCCCAGCAAUGGCCCAGGCCAGGAGCACAGCAGCCACCCUUGGGCAGAGGCCCCGGAGGGCCCCUCACAGGACACUAACAAUGCUGGCUCUGUAGAACACUCUUUUGAAACCAAGAAGCUCAAUGGGAAGGCCCUGAGCAAGGCCCUGAGCAGCCGGGCUGAGGAGCCGCCCUCUCCUCCUGUCCCCAAGGCAUCUGGCUCCACUCUCGGCAGCGGGUCUGGCAGCUGUCCCAGGACCCAGUCUGAUGACAGUGAGGAGAGGAGCCUCGAAACCAUCUGUGCCAACCACAACAAUGGACGCUUACACCCCCGCCCCCCUCACCCCCACAACAAUGGGCAGAACUUUGGAGAGCUGGAGGCAGUGGUGUGCUCUUCUCCAGGACAUUCGGACACUGACCAUGAUAACUUGUCCCUGACAGGGACACUCCUACACAAAGAUUGUUGUGGGUCUGAAAUGGCCUGUGAGACCCCUAGUGCUGGAAUGAGAGAGGACCCCACUGACCCCCCGGACACAGACAGCAGCAGGGCCGUUCAUGGCCAUAGUGGCCUCAAAAGGCACCGAGUCGAAUUGGAAGAUGCAGAUUCAGAGAAUUCCUCCUCAGAGAAGAAAUUAAAAACAUGAUAAAUACAAAGGGAAAACAAAAAGCUAUGAAAUGUAGCUUUACAAAAAAUUUUUUAAUCCUGUUUAGUGAACACAGAGGAAAGGAAAAAAGUAUUAAAGGCACAUAAAAGCAGGGCCUGAAAUUCCGUGUCUGAUGCUGCUCCCUUCUCGUCAGUAAUGGGUCUGGAUGUUUAGCUGGCCGUUGGCUUGUGCUGUGUAAGGAAAGGGAAAGAAAUCCAAGUGACUCCUUUCUAGUAAGACUCGAGCAUCGCGUACCUGUGCGUUUUGUUAAAGUAAAUCCUUGUUGAGACGUU